GCAGAGCGUGUCUUUGGCAGCAGGCGGGAUCGUAAGCUGCCAGCAGAAGUGGGGCCGGGGCCGGCGCAGAGAGCAGCGUGGUCCAUCCUGUGACUGACUGACAGACACCCAGCGGGGGAAAAAAAGUUACUCUGAGUUCGCGGACACACUGCCAAAAUGUCUGGAGAUGAUGAGACACAGGAGCAGACCAUCGCCGACGACUUGGUGGUCACCAAGUACAAGAUGGGGGCCGAGAUUGCGAAUCAGGCUCUGAAGACGAUAGUUGGGGCAGCUAUGGCUGGAGUCUCUGUGCUCAGCCUGUGUGAAAAGGGAGAUGCCUUCAUCAUGGCAGAAACUGGGAAAAUCUUCAAGAAGGAAAAAGACAUGAAGAAGGGUAUCGCUUUUCCUACUUGUGUGUCAGUUAACAACUGCGUAUGCCAUCACUCCCCUCUGAAGAGUGACCCUGAUGUUGUACUGAAGGAUGGGGACCUUGUCAAAAUUGAUCUGGGUGUGCAUGUUGACGGCUUCAUCUCAAAUGUGGCUCACAGCUUCAUUGUUGGAGCGACCAAGGACAACCCGGUGACAGGGCGGAAGGCUGAUGUUAUCAAAGCAGCUCACCUCUGUGCUGAGGCCGCUCUGCGUCUUGUUAAGCCAGGAAACCAGAACACACAGGUCACAGAAGCCUGGAACAAGAUUGCAAAGUCAUUCAAGUGCUCCCCUAUCGAGGGCAUGCUGUCCCAUCAGCUCAAACAACAUGUGAUUGAUGGGGAGAAAACUAUCAUCCAAAACCCAACGGACCAGCAAAAAAAGGACCAUGAGAAGGCUGAGUUUGAAGUGCAUGAGGUAUAUGCAGUGGAUGUGCUUAUCAGCACCGGAGAGGGGAAGGCAAAGGAUGGAGGUCAGAGGACCACCGUUUACAAACGAGACCCCAACAAGGUGUACGGCUUAAAGAUGAAGACCUCUCGGACAUUCUUCAGUGAGAUGGAGAGACGCUUUGAUACGAUGCCUUUCACUCUAAGAGCAUUUGAGGAUGAAGGCAAGGCCAGGUUGGGCGUGGUGGAGUGUGCCAAACAUGAGCUGCUGCAGCCAUUCAAUGUGCUGCAUGAGAAAGAGGGUGAAUUUGUUGCCCAGUUCAAGUUCACCGUGCUGCUCAUGGCCAAUGGACCUCUGCGAAUCACAAACAGUCUCAUUGAUCCAGAACUCUACAAGUCUGAGCAUGAAGUGGAGGACCCAGAGCUGAAGGCUUUGCUUCAAAGCUCAGCCAGCCGUAAGACUCAGAAGAAGAAGAAAAAGAAGGCCUCAAAGACUGUGGAGAGCGCUACAGGACAGGCAAUGGAGACUGAAGCUGCAGAAUAAAUUUCUCUGUAAAAGAAAUUCUGACAGACAUCUGAUGACCCAAAGAACAGACGUCACGAAUCCUUCUGUCCCAGCUGUCUGAGGCACUUGCGGGCAUAGCCGCUGUGAAUACCUCCGAAUCUAACUGAUGUCAGUCUGGGAUGAUGCUGCUCCUAAAUUCUGUCACUCCAACUAAAACACACAUACACACAAACGUACGUCCCUAUUAAAUCUCACUGUCCUUGAGACAGUCUUCUUCUCUUAUUGGACACAAUUCUGCUGUCCAAGAGAAUAUUUUGUGCAAGGGUAAAUACUCACUGGAACAUUUAACCAUUGGACUGACCUUGAGCCUUCAUCCCUUUCUCCACAAUAACUGUAGUGAAAGAUAUGGAAAAUAAAUUGAGUUUGACAGAGCGGCCAAGGAUGAUGAAUGCACAAUACUGUGUCAGUGUAAUUGUGUGGAAUUUAGAUAACUUCCUUGAGGUCAUAAACCUUAUUGCCAUGCCUUUUUUUGAAAUGAGUGUUAACUUGUCGUGGGCUGAAAUGUGUAACAGCUGUCUUGAACCCCGAUGUCACAUGGCAUUAACACAAGUUACAAGCAUGACAUCAUUACUCAUCAUUACUGUUGAAUUAAGCAUAAUUACUGCAUUUAUACUGCUCUGGCUUAGGUCUGUCUAUUAGUACAUUGUGUAUACUUCUAGGCAUCUACUGUAGGUUACUCAGCUAACAAUUUCUAAAACUGACAUUGUAAGAGCUACCGGUUGAGUAAUUUAGCUAUUAGAAAAAUACUUCCUUUUUUCUCAGUUGUGGAUGGUCUAACUCCUGCCAAGGGUUCAGCAUUCAGUCUUCUGGUGCCACCACUGAGUCUGACAGUCUGUGUUUACAUAAGAAGUCCAUACCUGUUAGAUAUAUGGAUGCUUUUGUAAAACAAAUCCCAGUUUCAGAGACUAUUUUUGGAAACAUUAAAAAGCCACCUGACAUCA